AUGACAGACAAACGCUUCUGGAGCUACGUUCGUCAGUGUCACGUCCGAUGUGGCAGACGUGUGGAGUGUUUCGACUCCGUGGAUGCUCUGCUGCCUGGGAUCCUUUGUUUACUCGCGCGACGUCGAGGGAAAACAAAGAGCGGGAAACGCGCCGGAGUUUUGUGCCGAACGCGACAGAGAAACAGCAAGCCACCUCUCCCCAGCAUCCUGCUCGUGAAUCUCCAGUCUCUGGACAACAAACUUGACGAGCUGCGUGCACGGAUUAAACACCAACAAGACAUCAGGAACUGCUGCGUUCUGGCCUUCACAGAGACAUGGCUGGAGCCCAGCGUCCCCGACUGCGCCAUCACGCCGGAUGGAUUCACUGUUUACCGGGGAGACCGAACGAAGGACUCAGGCAAGAAAAGGGGAGGAGGGGUGUGCUUUAUGGUUAACUCCUUGUGGGCUAGAGAUGUGUGUAUCUUAAAAACGUACUGCUCUCAGAGCCUCGAGCUGCUGACCAUUAAAGUCAGGCCUUUUUACCUCCCGAGGGAGUUUAGCUCAGUUCUCCUCUCAGCUGUUUACAUUCCUCCACAUGCUGAUAAAGCUACGGCUAUGGACGAACUGUAUGACAUCAUCACUGGACUUGAGAACAAAAAUCCAGAAGCUGCCUUUAUUGUGCUAGGAGACUUCAACAGAGCCAACAUGAAGAAGGUUCUCCCCAAAUACUAUCAGCACAUCUCCUUCCCCACAAGAGGUGAUCAAACAUUGGACCACUGUUACACUCCAUUCAAAGAGUGCUACAAACCCCUCCCCCACCCAGCUUUUGGUAAGGCAGACCAUUGUUCCAUACUGCUGCUGCCUGCAUACAGACAAAGACUGAAACAGGAAAAACCAGCUUCCAGGGUUAUUUACAAAUGGGACAGUGAGGCUGAGGAGGUCCUGCAGGACUGCUUUGAGACAACUGACUGGCAGAUAUUUGUGGAUGCAGCUGAUGGCAACAUCAAUGAACUCACAGACUCUGUCAUUGGAUAUAUUGGAAAGUGCAUGGAUGAUAUCAUCACAAAAACCACUGUCCGCAUAUACCCAAAUCAGAAACCCUAGGUAAAUAAAGACGUUCGCGCCAAGCUAAAA